AUGUCAUGCCCCAGUGUCCUAGUCACCCCUGAUAUGUACCCCUUCCCCAAUUCUACGAAUUUCCUGAAUCUACCACCCGACUGUCUACAGAGCAAAGUUGGGGUGCAGCGGGGGCAGAGGGGUGGGCUGUACCACGCGGCCAUGGAAGAGAGAGGUGUUCUCGGGGGUGCCCCUCGCUUCCUUCGGUUCCCAAGGCCCGUUCGGGCGCUGAGUGGCACCGAUGCCAUUUUGCGCUGCUGCCUGACAGGGUCCCCUCCACCCACGGUUCUGUGGGAGAAGGAUGGGCAACAGCUGGAGGCUUCUAGCCGUCUGUGUCUUCAGACAGAGGGGGCUGAACAUAGCCUUUUGGUAAGGGAAGUUGGGGCCCCAGAUGCUGGCGUUUAUGUGUGCCGGGCCCAAAAUUCAUGUGGGGAGGCCUAUGCGGCCGCAGCCCUCACAGUACAAGAGCCUUCGGAGGCAGAGCCCACCCCCUCCCUUUCCCAGGGGCCCCCAGGCUUACCUCUUGAGCCCCUGGAAGGGCCCCCUGUAUUCUUAGAAGGUCCACAAUCUCAGUGGGUGCAGCAGGGUGAGGAAGUAGUACUGGCAUGCCAAGUCGGGGGGCAGCCAGAGCCAGCGGUGCACUGGGAGAAGGAUGGGCGGCUCCUGGAGGACAUCUGGGAGAGCGGUCACUUCUCUCUGACGAGAGGCCUGGCUGGGGACAGGGGCCACGAGCUGCGGAUCAGGGGCAUCCGGCUGCCCGACGCGGGCGUCUACGUGUGCCACGCAAGCAACACGCACGGUCGCACGGUGGCCGCUGCCCUGCUCCAGAUCCAGCCCUCUCCAGAGAGCCCUCUGAGCUCGCCCCGACAGGGCCGGAGGGCUUCUGCAGGGCACGGUCAGGGCCCCCCCGCCCCUAAGAGCUUCUGGGUGAGUGAGGGAAAGCACGCCAAAUUCCGAUGCUACGUGACCGGGAAGCCAGAGCCCGAGACCGAGUGGCACUGGGAAGGCCACCCUCUGAGCCCCGGGCGGCGACGUCUGCUCUACCGGGACCACGACGGCGGCUUCGUGCUGAAGGUCCUGUACUGCCAGCCGUCCGACUGCGGGCUGUACGUCUGUGCAGCACGCAACAGCGCGGGACACACUCUCAGCGCCGUGCAACUGCACGUCCGAGAGCCCCGAGUGCGGUUUGCAGUGGCCCUCGAGGACGUGGAGGGGGAAGAACAUGGAGAUGCCGUGCUAGAAUGUCAGGUGCCCUCCCGGGGCAUCGCCACUACGUGGUACCGCGAGGACCAGAGGCUGCUGCCCAGCCCCAAGUACGAGAUGGGGGAGGCAGGGGUCGUGCGGCGCCUUGUCAUCCAUGACCUAGAGGCUGACGACGAUGGCAUUUACCUGUGUGAGAUGCGGGGCCGAGUGCGGACGGUAGCCACCGUGGCGGUCAAAGGGCCCAUCGCAAGGCGCCUGCCGAGGAAGCUGGAUGUGCUGGAAGGAGAGAACGCGGUGCUUUCGGUAGAGGUCCGAGGAACCAAGGCCCUCGGCCACUGGACUCGAGAUGGUCAGGAAUUGCCGGCUUCACCCCGGAUAAUCCAAACCAGCUCCAACCAUACACACACUCUGGUGUUGGUGGGGGUCACGCGCCAGGAUGCUGGGGUGGUCACCUUCAGCCUGGGCUCUUCCCACACCUCCUCCAGGCUGAGGGUCAAAUGUAUGAAGCAGAUUCCUCCAGGACCCCCAGUUUCAGUCGAGCUGGGCACAGGAUGCAACAAUGCAGCUCUGCUCAGUUGGAAACCCCCAGUGCCUGCCCCUGACACGGCCUUUACCUACCGGCUAGAACGACAAGAAGUGGGCACAGAUGCCUGGGUCCAGUGCCUUACUACAGAAGCAGCAGGUGUGGUGGAGGUGCCGGGAGAUGGCAUGCCAAAUGAGGGUGACUAUCGCUUCCGACUCUGUGUGGUCAGCAAGCAUGGCCAGAGCCCCUACAUCCUCUUUCCAGGCUCAGUGCACCUGGUGCCUGCAGUUCAGGUGCAAAGAGGACUACAGGAUGUGUGUGUUCAAGAAGGGGAUGAUGCUACCUUCUCCCUUGAACUCUCCACCUCGGUGCAAGGCACCUGGUUUCUGAAUGGGGCAGAACUCAAGGCAAAGGGUCCAGAGAGUGGGUCCAGGGAUGAAGCCCAAGGAUACCUGGUGCAGCAGCAUGGCCCCCAUCACAGCCUACUCCUCCGAGCCACGAGGCUCCAGGACAGCGGGACCCUCAUCACUUUCCUGUGCCCUGGUGUACACAUCUCUGCCACACUCCAUGUGCAAGAGGCCCCCGUGAGGAUUGUGCUCCCUCAAGAAAAGGUAUCCAUCGAGGCCAUGAGCUUGGAACAGGUGGUGCUCGUAUGUGAGCUGUCCCGGGCUGGAGCUCCUGUGCAUUGGUACAAAGAUGGGCUGGAGAUAGAAGAGAGCCAAGCCCUGGUGCUAGAGAAUGAGGGCCUCCGGUGCCGCCUGGUGAUACCAGCUGCCCAACCCCAGCACGGGGGCGAGUUUGUGUGUAAGGCUGGAGAGGACUCAGCUUUCUUUAUGGUCACCAUCCAAGAGCCCCCUGUGAAGAUCCUAUUCCCCCAGGACGAGGUAUCUGUGACUGCGGAGAGCUCCGAACGUGUGGUUUUAAGCUGUGAGCUGUCCCAGGCUGGAGCCCCCGUGCACUGGUCCAGGGACGGAAUGGUGGUAAAGGAGAGUGAAACCCUGCUCCUGGAGAGCAAAGGGCCCCACUGCCAUCUGAUCCUGCCUGCAGCCCAGCCCCAGGAUGGGGGCAAGUUUGUGUGCAAGGCAGGAGAAGACCAGGCAGUCUUCCAUGUCACCAUCACAGAGCCCCCAGUACGGAUCGUACAACCCCAAGAUGAGAUGUUCCUGACUGCUGUGACGUCAGAGAGAGUCGUCCUCACUUGCCAAGUGUCCCAGCCCAGAGCCUCGGUGGGCUGGUACAAGAAUGGAAUGGAGGUGGAAGAGAGCAAAUAUUUGGUACUCGAGAGCGAGGGGCUCCAACACCGUCUCGUGCUGCCUUCUGUAAGGCUCCAGGAUGGGGGCGAGUUUGUCUGCAGCACCAGAGACGACUCUGCCUUCUUCACUCUAACUGUAACAGAGCCUCCGGUGAAAAUCCUGUUCCCCCAGGAUGAGGUGUCUGUGGCUGCCGUGAGCUCGGAGCGGGUGGUUCUGACGUGUGAGCUGUCUCGGGCCGGAGCCCCCGUGCGCUGGUACAAGGAUGGGCUGGAGGUAGAGGAGAACGAGGGCCUGGUUCUGGAGAGCGAGGGCCCCUAUCACCGCCUGGUGUUACCUGCAGCCCAGCCCCAGGAUGGAGGGGAGUUUGUGUGCGACGCAGGGGAUGACUCAGCCUUCUUCAUCGUUGGUGUCACAGUACCCCCAGAACGGAUUGUGCGCCCAGCUGCCCGCUUCCUACAGCUGCAAUUCAGGUCUCCAGGUCGGGUGGAGCUUCGCUGUGAGGUGGCCCCUGUGGGGGCCCGUGUGUGUUGGUACAAGGACGGGCUGGAGGUGGAGGCAUCAGAAGAUUUGAAACUGGGGGCUGAGGGCCCAAUCCGGACCCUGACCCUGCCUCAGGCCAGGCCCCAGGACGCUGGAGAGUAUGUCUGUGAGACCCGAGAUGAGGCAGUCACUUUUGACCUCCGCCUAGCUGAGUCUCCAGUGCAAUUCCUCCUCCCGGAGGCGGCUCCCACCCCGCUGUCUGUGUCCCCUGGCGAGCAUUUCAUUCUAAGCUGUGAGCUGUCCAGGGCGAGCGCGCCAGUGUUCUGGAGCCUGAAUGGGAGCCCAGUGGUCGAGGACGGGAACCUGGAGCUUCGGUCUGAGGGCCCUCGGCGCAUGCUGCUCAUCCGGGCUGCCCACCCUUCUCAUGCCGGGAAUUACACGUGCCAGGCUGGGUCUGAGCCCGCAGCCCCUACCCUCACUUUCCCUGUCCAGGUGACUGAGCCUCCCGUGAAAGUGUUGUCGCCGGAGGCAUCCCGGACUGGGGUUCGAUGCGCCCCAGGCAGGGACCUGGAGCUGGCUGUGUGUCUUUCGGGGCCUGGGGGGGCCGUGCGCUGGUACAAAGACGGGGAGCGGCUGGCCAGCCGGGGGCGGGUGCGGCUGGAGGAGGCCGGGUCACGGCGGGUGCUUCGGGUGCGGGGGGCACGCAGCGGGGAUGCCGGCGAGUACCUCUGUGAUGCCUCCCAGGACAGUCGCAUCUUCCUCGUCUCUGUGGAAGAAAUCCCCCAGGCGAAGCUAGUUUUAGAACUGACUCCACUGACCAUCCAGGAGGGGGAUGAUGCCACAUUCCGGUGUGAGGUCUUCCCACCAGAUGCUGAGCUCACCUGGCUUCUAAAUGGGACUGCAAUUACCCCCUGCAACCGGAUAGAAACAAGCCAGAAUGGCCCAAACCACAGCCUGACCCUUCGGUGCUGCCAGAUAAGUGACUCAGGCAACGUGACCGCCCAGACCAAGGGUUCCGAGUCCACUGCCAGGCUCCAUGUCCGAGAGGCUGAGCUGCUGUUUUUGCGAAGGCUCCAGGAUGCCCGUACUGAAGAGGGCCAGGAGCUGUGUAUGGAGGUGGAGACCAGUCGGGUCGGGGGAAAAGGAGUAGUGAGCUGGUUACGAGGGGGAAAGCCUCUUCCUGAAGACCCUAGGUUCUCAGUGGUCCAGGAUGGCCGAGUGCAUCGUCUGAUCAUCCACAAAGUCAUGGUGGGUGACCAGGGCAUCUACGGCUGCAAGAGCCACCAUGACCGUACCCAGGCCCGGCUGCUUGUGAGGCCCGAGCAGCUGAAGGUUCGGCAUCCCCUCGAGGACGUGGUGGUCACUGAAGGGGGCAGUGCCACCUUCCAAUUGGAGUUGUCUCAGUUUGGGGUGACCGGAGAAUGGGCCCGGGGAGGGGUCCGGUUGGAGCCUGGCCGGAACUGCCAGAUCAGUGCCCAGGGCCACAACCACUGCCUGGUUCUCAGCAGCCUUGGCCUGGCCGAUACUGGAACCGUGUCCUUCACCACUGACACCCUUCGUUGUGCAGCUAGGCUGGAAGUGAAAGAGAUACCUUUAGCCAUUGUGAAGGGACUCCAGGACCUCGAAGUGAUGGAAGGUGACUCAGCUACAUUUGAGUGUGAGCUGUCCAGGACCCAGGCGGACCUCACAUGGGAUAAGGACGGCCAGGAACUGUCUCCCAGCCCUCGGCUCCGGAUCCAGGCUCUCGGCUCCCGCCGGCUCCUGCAGCUCCGGUGCUGCGGCCCGAAGGACGCCGGCACCUACAGCUGCUCCGUGGGGAACUCCCAAGCUUCGGCCGCCUGCCUCACUGUGCGGAAGAAGGAGGUGUCAGUGCUCCUGGAACUAAAGCCGGUGAAGGCCCGGGAGGGCGACGGCGCCACGUUCAAGUGUACAGUAUCCAAGCCCGACAUCCCUGGUAGCUGGCAGCUGGGAGGCCGAGUCUUGCGCCCAGGAGGCCGUGUCCGAAUCCGACAGGAAGGGAACCUUCACUCGCUGGUACUGAGUGAGCUGCAGGCUGAGGAUUCUGGGGAGAUCCAAUUUCAGGCUGGACAAGCAAAAUCCUCCACUCAACUGGAGGUUGAGGUCCUGCCUCUCCAGAUCUGUCGUAGACCCCCUCGAGAGAAGACGGUAUUAGCUGGCCGGAGGGCAGCCCUAGAAGUGACUGUGUCCAGGGGAGGUGGCCAUGUUCGAUGGCUGCUGGGUGGGGUUGAUUUGCCACCUGGACCAAAGUAUGAGUUUCGGAGCCAUGGUGUCACCCACAGUCUGAUCAUUCACAACGUCCAGCCCACUGAUGAGGGCACCUACUGCUGCCAGGCUGGAGAAGACAUCGCCAAUACUAAUCUGCUAGUGGAGAGUAGCUAGAACCAGCCCCAGACACAGAAUGGAUGCCCAUGGACAGAUGGGAAACCAGAGAGCUUUGGGUCUGGGGAGCAUGGGAGGACAGGGGGAAAUAAACACGGACCAGGAGUCCUUCCAUCCA